CGUACAGCAGUCACAUAAAUCGAAGAGCACACAGACCACCAUUAAAAUUUAUCUGAAAAUUGAGCAGUGGGCGAUCGGAGAAAAUCAUCGCGCCGCGCACGCCUUUCUUUCCACUUUAGUAGCUCCAUUAAAGCAGCAAAAAGCCCCAAGAAGGCGUUUGCUGCGGGGAGGGAUGUCAGACCUAGACCGGCAAAUCGAGCAGUUGAAGAACUGUGAACCGCUCAAAGAGUCUGAAGUCAAGGCACUUUGCUUGAAAGCCAUGGAAAUCCUCGUCGAAGAAAGCAACGUUCAAAGGGUGGAUGCUCCUGUUACCAUAUGUGGCGACAUCCAUGGGCAGUUCUAUGACAUGAAAGAGCUAUUUAAAGUUGGUGGUGAUUGUCCAAAGACUAACUAUUUGUUUCUUGGAGAUUUUGUGGACAGAGGAUUCUACUCCGUGGAGACCUUUUUGCUUUUACUUGCCCUAAAGGUGAGAUAUCCUGAUCGGAUAACAUUGAUUAGGGGCAAUCAUGAGAGCCGACAGAUUACACAGGUAUACGGAUUCUAUGAUGAGUGCCUGAGGAAGUAUGGCUCUGUCAAUGUUUGGAGAUAUUGCACCGAUAUAUUUGAUUACUUAAGUUUGUCCGCACUCAUCGAGAACAAAAUAUUUUCCGUUCAUGGUGGUCUUUCUCCUAACAUCAACACGUUAGAUCAGAUUCGAACGAUUGAUCGGAAGCAAGAAGUACCCCAUGAUGGUGCCAUGUGUGACCUAUUGUGGUCCGAUCCAGAGGACAUUGUGGAAGGCUGGGGUUUAAGUCCCCGUGGUGCUGGUUUCUUGUUUGGUGGCAGUGUCGUUACUUCUUUUAACCACACCAAUAAUAUCGAUUACAUUUGUCGUGCACAUCAGUUGGUAAUGGAAGGUUUUAAAUGGAUGUUCAAUAACCAGAUAGUUACGGUCUGGUCAGCUCCAAAUUACUGUUACAGGUGUGGUAAUGUAGCUGCCAUUCUUGAGCUGGAUGAGAAUCUGAAUAAACAGUUUCGAGUAUUUAAAGCAGCUCCACAGGAAUCAAGAGGGGCUCCGGCUAAAAAACCGCCACCGGAUUACUUUCUAUGAUAGUGGAUUCCAUGAAUUCUUUACCCCAUGGUUCCGGUACGCAUGCAUUUACUAGGAAGUUGAUUGUAUACUUUACAAUGAAGGCACCCAAAGGAUCAAUUGACGGAUCUGCACCUGGCUCAUGGUUGGGCUGCCGUAAUGGUGCAUCACUGCAUCCCGAUUUCAUUAGCCGUUCUCAUUUGAUCCCGUUUGCCCUCAAGAAAGUUCGGCUCACGAUUGUGUUAAGGAGUAGUGUUAAUGUGUGUUAGUAUUGUUGUGCGUACCCAAUUAUUUCGAAAGGUGUGGUCUCAUUCUGUAGAGCUUUAAAACGCAUACCUUUGAUUGUGGGAAACUAGUGGCGGUGAAGCGCCGCCACAUUCCGCCAAUGGUUCGGUUUGGGAUGGUGGUGGUGCAAGUGACUUUGGGAGAGUGAAGUUGGCAUAUGGAUCUUAUAAAACACCUUUCCAGUUGCUUGUGUUUAGUUUAUAUUCUAUCAUCAUCUUUCUUGAAGAUCUAAA